CUGUCACGAUCACAUAGUGACAACUGAUAAGAAGUUUGGUGUUGCUGCUCGUUGAUCACCUAUACGAACUUGUCACAAAUCCUUAUUACUGUUGCUAAGUAAGACAGCAGAACGCUUUGCAAAGUUUAUCCUACGCCGGGCACAGCUAGAUGUGUCUGGGGCGUACCUACUGCUCAUUCGUGCAACAUGGUAGCGGAACAUAAUACGACAACAGUAGCAGGAGAGAAAGACAGUAACAUAAUGUGUUGUUCAGACAAUGCAGAAUUCCAUACAGGACAUACAUCGAAAUCAAUAUUUGACGUUGUAAGAUCUGGUGAUGUCAGUGAUAUAGAGUCCUUAGUUGAGAAGCUGGGUCCAGAGGCACUGAGUACACGAGAUGAAUGGGGAUACACACCUGCUCACUGGGCUGCUCUGGAUGGCAAUGUUGAAGUCAUGCGUUAUCUUGUUGAGCGAUCAGCUCCUGUAGAUCUGUCAUGCCUUGGGACACAAGGCCCCAGACCAAUUCAUUGGGCAUGCAGAAAGGGUCAUGCCGCUGUCGUGCAAGUACUCCUGCAAGCAGGCGUUGCUGUUAAUGCAGCAGACUUCAAAGGUCUCACUCCUCUGAUGACGGCGUGUAUGUUUGGUCGCUCAGCAACAGCAACUUAUUUACUUGGGAUGGGUGCACUGAAUCACCUGACAGACAUUAACGGUGACACUGCUUUGCAUUGGGCAGCUUAUAAAGGUCAUGCUGAUCUCAUACGUCUGUUGAUGCACUCGGGUGUUGAUCUACAAAAACCUGACAAUUUUGGUUCAACUCCUCUUCAUUUAGCUUGUUUGUCAGGAAGUGUAACAUGUGUUAAACUUCUCUGUGAAAAGAGCAAAAUUGAACUAGACCCAAAAGACAAGAAUGGAAAAACACCACUCCAGUUGGCAAAGAGCCACAGACAUAAUGAUAUUGUUCAGAUUCUGUUAGCUGAACAGAAAAGAAGGGCCAAUUGGAUGCCACCAAUUUCAGAGAUAUGGGCUCUUCUUUUUGGAGGAGCAGGGAAUUCUAAAGGCCCUUUGCUACUUUUCAUGGGAUCUGUUCUUCUGUGGGGUUAUCCUAUGUAUCUACUGCGGUGUGUUCCCAUCACAUGGAAUAAACUUCGAGGCUCCCACUAUCUUUUUAUUUACUGGAACAUAGUGAUGUGGAUGAGCUGGGUAAUAGCCAAUCGACGAGACCCAGGAUAUGUUCCAUGCAACACGGAUGCCUAUCACCGUGCAAUACAACAGAUAGCUUACUUGGAUAAAUGGCGUAAACGAGCUGUGGCAUCGGUACUGCAGCGUCUUUGCCACACAUGCCGUUGUCUGCGACCAUUACGUGCAAAACAUUGCAGGGUUUGUGGUCGUUGUGUUGAAUAUUUCGACCACCAUUGCCCGUUCAUCUACAACUGUGUUGGGUUACGCAACAGAAUGUGGUUCUUCUUGUUUGUUAUGAGCAUUGCAAUCAACUGCUCAUUUACAAUAUACUUUGCUUGCUAUUGCAUUGCUGUUGAAGGUUUUGGUAUUUUAUAUGCCUUGGGAUUGAUUGAAGCCCUUGGAUUUUGUGGCCUAGGAUGGAUUCUGACCUGUACUUCUGUACUUCACGCCUGCAUGAACCUAACAACAAAUGAAAUGUUCAACUACAAACGGUACUCUUACCUACGAGACAAGAGGGGCCGCUAUCGUAAUCCAUUUUCUCGUGGCCCUUUGCUGAACCUUUUGGAAUUCUUUGUUUGUACACCACAUCAUAGUUGUGAUCAUGAAUUACUUGAAGAAGAAGCUAUCUAAAUGUUAAUUUACUUUUAAACAGAGGACAUAAGUUUUAUGGUCAAUGUAAUGAUACCAAAGAAAUUACUAGCUGUGUCAUUCCAGGGUAAAGGCUAUCACCUAAUGUUUAAGCCAGUUAAAUAAUUAUAUUUUUCGUGUGUUACCUUACGUAGUUUCCAAGCAAAUUGCCUUAAGGAAAAAUAAGGAAGGUUAAAUUUCAUGAGCAUAGUGACCAUUGCUUCAAAAUGUAGAAACAAAUGAAGGAAAUAGUCAUCUUUUUACUCUUUCUACUCUAUGAAAACACAAGUUUAUGUUAGUAAAUUGGUAUUUGCCUAAAUUUUUGAACCC